AUGUCGCGGUCGCUUCAUCAGCGUCUGCAGGCGCUCGCAGACUCGUACAAAGAGACUCAGAAUCUCAUACAACAACUCCGAACCUUUUCUGCUGCAUCAUGUCCAGACUCCAACCCAGAUGAACGUCGAGUCGAACUUGCAAACGAGAUCCAUGACAGCUUGAAAGAGCAAGAAGACACACUGGAGAUAUUAAGACAAGAGCUAGACGAUGACUCGAUGCCCGUACAGCGACGCGGUGCACUCGGAGGGGACUGGGAAGGCGAGCGAGAGCGGAACGCGGACUUGCUGGCUCGACUGACGGAAGAUCUGAAAAGCGCCCGUGCCAAUUUCCGGAGGGCGCAGCUGGUGGCGAAACGAACGGCCGACAGUGAGAAGAGGAAAGAGCGGGAGCAAUUAUUUACCGGCCGGAAAAGUGACGGCAGUCAUGCGCGAAGUCGGCCGGCACACGAGAAGUUGACGCAGGAUGAGUUGGCUGAGCGGGCUUCCGAAGAUGUGACGAUGGCAUUGCGACGAGUGCACGCACAAAUGGAAGCAGAAGUAUCGCGAGGGCAGUUUGCCCAACAGACUCUCGACGAGAGUCAAGAAGCGUUGAAGACUCUGAGCGAGAGCUACAGUGGUACAACGGAUCUACUGAAGGCCUCGAGGGGGUUUGUGAGCCAACUGGUGCGCAGUAACAAGUCGGACACGUGGUUCUUGAAGAGCUCGUUCUACAUCCUGGCCGUGACCAUCGUCUGGCUCACCUUCAGACGGCUUCUAUACGGGCCGUUGAUACUCUUUGUCUGGUGGCCGCUCCGCGCCAUGUGGUGGUUUACUCUAACAAGCCUCGGGGCAAUUGGACUUGGAAAAUCCGAGGUGGUAUCUUCGCCUAUGCCGACACCAACCAUGUCGAUAUCCAUGCCUGGAGUGAACGCGAGAGGAAUGCCAACGCACGGCUCGGGAGUUCGCUUCAGGAGUAUUAGUCUAGCAGCGAAAGGCGCGGGAUGGCAUCGACACCCAGCACAGGCUGAGCCUUCUCAAGCAGCCGAGGAGAGUACGGUGGAGAAGAUAGGACGUUUGACGGAGGAAGGGCGAAGUCUGGAGGAUCUCACGGAAGAGGAACGUGGAGCACAGUCGGAGCAACCUCGAAACACCAAGAAGCGGAUGAUGGAAGUGGAGGUCGAGACCCCUGCAGCUUCAAAGGACGAGCUGUAG